UAGUGCACGGUUCAUGGUUAUUUUUAUGUCCUCUCCUUCCUGCAGGCCACCCAACAUGCCUGCAGUUCACACCAGUCAUGAUGGCUGCAGUGAAGACCUAUCGCUGGCAGUGCAUUGAGUGCAAAUGCUGCAACGUUUGCGGCACCUCAGAGAAUGAUGACCAGCUGCUGUUCUGUGAUGACUGCGACCGAGGCUACCACAUGUACUGUCUAAGUCCCCCCAUGACCGAACCACCAGAGGGGAGCUGGAGCUGUCACCUGUGCCUGGCUCUGCUGAAGGAUAAAGCCUCCAUAUACCAGCAGAACCAGAGCUCCACCCCUGAGUGACACCAUAGCAGCAAGUCCCGCCCCAGCAGUCACAGGACCCCACCCCUGAUGGAAAACGUCAGACCUCCUCCCAGUCCAGAGCUCCGGGCUCUGUCCAGAUGUAGCUGAGCCAGAUCGCAGAUCAGCUUUUGAAGUCUUAAUAUCUACAGCGUCAGUGGGGGGAUCAGUCAACAUGGGGAUCAAACUAUCACUACCAACCUGCCUGCAAAGCCCCCGAGGCUCGCCGUCAAACACAUACAUAUACAGUAUAGACACACACACACACACACACACACACACACACACACAUACACUCUCUCCUGGACUGUUACACACACUAGAUACAGAGACAGAGAGCAUGCAGUAACCAUUGUAACUGCUGUCUCCAUGGGAGCUCCCAGGAGCAAACGGAUUAGGAUCAAAGCUAAUUUUCUCCACCCUUUCACACUCAGACACAGUGCGGACUGUCGAGACAACACAGUUUCUUUUCUGCCAAAUUAUCUAUUUUUUCUCCCUGAAUGUGGGAGAAAGAAAAAAUCCCAACGUAUAUGGCUGAGGAUUAUUAUUAUUAUUAUUACUAUUGUUAUUGUUCUGGUUACUAGUGGACUUUUGUAGUGGCAUUUGUCUGUGUACUUUGUCUGAUCCAUCUUAAUCUUUUGAAGAGGUUUCCCUUGAGGGGGAGCCGGUCUGUGCCAAGGUCCACCAUCAUAUGAAAUACACACAACAAUCACCCAUGGAGCUUAUCAAAAUCAUGUAAACCAUUUUAAAUUAGUAGUACAGAGAUUAUAAAACAAAGUUGUAAUUUUUUUGCCAAUAACAAGAAUUUGACUCAUUAAGCUGUUAGCACAAAAUCUUUGGCUUUUCUACUUUGAGGUUGCACCAAAACCAACUUUUCAUUGCUGAUUCUAGGAUUCUAGGUUACUAGGCAGAUAGGUUACUUUAACCAAACACUAUAGUUGGCUCAUGAUACAAAAACAUAUAGUAAAAUAUCAGUCUUCAGCAUUAUUUCUCAAUCAAACAGGUCUAAAUUUAUCUUUAUUUUGAAAAACCUGACUCAGAUAAUGCUGUUUUAUCAGAGAAGCUGACACGCGAACACGGAAAACUAGUAAUCGUAAAGGUGCAUCGUUUUCUCAAAGAUGUUUUGUGCUACCUUUUUAGAAACCGUUUGGCAGCGACAUCAUCCUUCACAAGUUGUUUUCAAACGGCUGCUGUCAGACCGGCGACUCAUUCACAACCUGUAGCUGCUUUUAUCAUUUGUCCCACUGAGGCAGAUUUGCAUGCAGAUUGCACCUGUAUGAAUGCGCACACACUCUCUUCACAAGUGUUUUUAUUUUGUUAUAUUUUUUUUUUACAUUUUAUAUUACCUGAUAUUCCAUUGGUACUGGGAGUUUUUUCUAGUAGAAUUUUGUAAAGUCUAUGGUAUAGCAAACACUUCAAGUAUAUAGCUCCUAAUGCAUUCUAUGUACUGUAUUGACUUUUUCUAUUUUUGUUAUGACUGUGACAUGUUUGAAUUUAUUUGAUUAUUCUGAUAUGUCAGACCUCCAUUAUGAGUAUUUGUAAAAUGAUGUACUUUGUUGUACUAUUUUUAUUUUUACAUUUCUUUGGUAUCAAAGCCGAUUUAGCCCGACUGAAAUAAAAAUCACUUUGAAUUA